CCCCCCCCCCUUGCAUUUGAGUGCUGCCAGGCAAGAUUCAUUUUUUUGUCCUUGCCCCUCUUUGGAAUAGGUUGUGAGCAUUCCAUUAAACAGAUCCCAGGAACAGGGAACAUGGCAUUGUGUUCUGGAUGUUGGAAAACACUUGGGCCAAAAUCCUGUGGAGGAAAGCAAGAGGCUGUUUCUGUCUUCCACCUUGUACAUAAGUGGGAUCUCUGUGCUGGAACAAGAUAAUGUCUUCAACUCAUUGAAGGAAAGGGACUACUUGUUCGCACUUAUGAUGAUUUGACACAAUUAAUGUCUCAAUAACCAUGAUGGCAACACAGACAUUAAGUAUAGACAACUAUCAAGAUGGACAACAGAUGCAAGUGGUAACAGAGUUAAAAACUGAACAAGAUCCCAACUGCUCUGAAACUGAUGCUGAAGGGGUGAGUCCUGCCCCUGUAGAAUCUCAGACUCCAAUGGAUGCAGACAAGCAGGCCAUUUACAGGCACCCACUAUUUCCCUUGUUAGCACUAUUAUUUGAAAAAUGUGAACAAUCUACACAAGGCUCAGAAGGCACAACUUCUGCCAGUUUUGAUGUAGAUAUUGAAAACUUUGUGAGGAAGCAGGAGAAGGAAGGAAAACCCUUUUUCUGUGAAGAUCCAGAAACUGAUACUUUGAUGGUAAAAGCAAUCCAAGUUCUGCGUAUCCAUCUGCUGGAGCUGGAAAAGGUCAAUGAACUCUGCAAGGAUUUCUGCAGUCGUUACAUUGCCUGCCUGAAGACAAAAAUGAAUAGUGAAACUCUAUUAAGUGGAGAGCCUGGAAGUCCUUACUCACCUGUGCAAUCUCAGCAAAUUCCAAGUGCCAUUGCAGGCACACUCAGUCCCCAAGGGAUCGUGGUGCCAGCAUCAGCAUUGCAGCAGGGAAAUGUAACUAUGGCAACAGUAGCAGGGGGGACAGUGUAUCAGCCAGUCACUGUGGUCACUCCACAAGGACAAGUGGUGACACAGGCACUGUCACCUGGCACUAUUCGCAUCCAGAACUCUCAGCUCCAGUUGCAGUUAAACCAAGAUCUAGGCAUCUUGCAUCAAGAUGAUGGCUCAUCAAAAAACAAGAGAGGAGUUCUUCCCAAGCACGCUACAAAUGUGAUGAGAUCUUGGCUUUUUCAGCACAUAGGGCAUCCAUAUCCAACAGAGGAUGAGAAGAAGCAGAUUGCAGCACAAACAAAUCUGACACUACUCCAGGUUAACAACUGGUUUAUCAAUGCUAGAAGGCGAAUUCUUCAGCCAAUGCUGGAUUCCAGUUGUUCUGAAACUCCAAAAACAAAGAAGAAAACAGCCCAGAACCGACCAGUGCAGAGGUUCUGGCCUGACUCCAUUGCCUCAGGAGUUGCUCAGCAGCAAUCCAACGAGCUCACAAUGUCAGAUGGUGCUGUCGUGACCAUCACAGCCCCCGUGAACAUGAACGUGGACAGUCUGCAGUCCUUGUCCUCGGACGGCGCCACGCUGGCGGUGCAGCAGGUGAUGAUGGCCGGGCAGAGCGAGGACGAGUCCGUGGACAGCGGCGACGACGACGGCGGCGACCUCUCGACAGCCAACAUCGGCGGGCUGGUCCUGGACAACAGCGACUCCCUGCAGUAGGAGCCAGAGAGCCUGGAGGGGAAAAACACUUAGGAAAAAGAACGGACUGACUGACUGACUUUUUAUAGUUUGCACAGCAAACAUUUUACACAAGUUUUAUUUCUAAUAUGUUUUAUAUGUAGAUAUAGAAGGGUGCACUUUUUUGUAUUUCAUAGUAAGCUUAAAGAGUGUUUUUGCAGGUGCAGCAACUUCUUUCAAAUGUGUUUUGGUUUGGUUUUUUUGGGUUUUUUUUUGUUUCUUUUCCUUUCCUUAUUUCAGAAAAUUAUAUCUAGUAAUAUAAAGAACCACGUAAGCACCCCUUUGUUCUCUGAAUUGGAAGUGCUGCAGUUUCUGAUGAAUUAUGCAGUUUCAAUUAGUGCUGUUAUUUAACACAGCUUUUGAUGGGCAGGUGAUGUAAAUUUAAAGCAUGUGACACUAGUGUGUGAAACUUGAUUAUUGAGUUAGAUGCAUAUAUUUGAAAGAUGCUUCUGCACCUUAAAAACUGCUAGUCUGAGGUGGACAGCAACACACAUAAAAAGGAACUGUUGAGGUGUGAUUCAGUAGAGAAUGUAUGGCAAUUUAAAUAAGUUUAGUUUCUCUCAUAGUCCGUGAGCCUGUUUAUCAUUUGCUAUAAAAACUCCUAUUUUUACCUUGCUGGGGUUAUUGGAUAAAAAAAAAAUAUUUUUAUAAAUUCACUAGAAAUUGGGAUGACAACUGUAUUAAGCAGGAGGAAAAAAAAUAAUUUCCAGAGGGGAAAAAUAAAUGUUUAGUAUUCCUAUUUGGAAGGUCUGAAAAUUGACCCAAUUUAAUAAACAAGCCUACAGUAGCAUUCUAUGAUUCUCAGCUAUCCCACAGUGAUAUACUAUAUUUGAUAAUAGCAUAAGAAGGGCCCACUGUUUGAUGGGAUUUUGAUAUUGUCAAACAUUGAUUUAUAUUAUGUGUAAACUAAUACUCAAAUUGCAUAACUCUGUAUCUAGACUUGUAUCUGAAAAUAUUUGCUAAAUGAAUAUUCAGGUAAGUUCAAAUACCCACAGCUUUUCCAAUUAUUAGAGAAAUUUAACAGUUUAUAGUUUGUACAACUGAAUCUAAAAAAAAUGAAAAGUUGCCUACUAUACAGUCAUGAAUUCUGCUAUUUUAUUGCAUUUGAAAUAUUUUCCCCUAAUACAAAAAGAAAAAUAUAACAUGGAUUUAUAUAAAAUUUCUCCAGAUCUGAAGUUUACUACCAGAAUAUACAGCAGGCUUUGUUAGAGUAGGAAAUCCUUGUGUGUCAUUUAAAAAACGAAGAGCUGGUGAUAAAAACAGCUGGGUUUUGGUUUGGUUUUGUUUUGGGAAUUUUUUUUUGUUGUGGUAACAGUUCAUUUCUUUCAUUUUCCUAAAGUUUGAAGUCUGUGAUUGUCUAUCCAUGAACAUUUGCUUUUGGAACUUUGUAUUUCCCAUUGUUGAGUACAAAUAAGAGACUCAAGAGCCUCAUGCUAUGA